AUGAGUUCAUACGCCAAGUUAGUUGAGAAUUUGAAUGCCGAAAGCAUAUUGGCCAAGUUUCCUGAAGUGAUUCCGCUCAAAGAGCGCCCUAAUAGUUCGUCCAGCGAAGGCAGUCAAGACGAGAAAGGCGACCUGGUUUUCGAUGGGCAUGAUGAGGAACAAAUUCGUCUUAUGAACGAAAACUGUAUUGUGUUGGACUGGAAUGAUCAUGCUGUCGGUGCCGGUACAAAGAAGUUAUGCCAUCUUAUGAGCAAUAUCAAUGAGGGCUUACUCCACCGCGCGUUCUCGGUGUUCCUGUUUAACACCGAAGGUAAGCUGCUAUUGCAACAGCGCGCUUCGGAAAAGAUCACAUUUCCAGACCUAUGGACCAACACUUGUUGUUCACACCCUCUGUGUGUGGAUGACGAGAUUGGCCUCGCUGGCUCUCUAAAGGCUAAAAUCAGCGGUGCCCAAACAGCUGCCGUGCGUAAAUUACAUCACGAGCUAGGAAUUCCUUUGGAUGAAAGUCGCAACAAAUGUAAUUUUCAUUUUCUGAACAGGAUCCACUACAAGGCGCCCAGCAACGGGCCUUGGGGCGAGCACGAAAUUGAUUAUAUCUUUUUCUGCAAGCUACAGGAGAACCAAUCUCUUAGCGUGGAUCCGAACCCUAACGAAGUCCGUGAUUUCAAGUGGGUCACACCCGCAGAGCUGAAGAGUAUGUUCCAAGAUCCUUUCUAUAAGUUUACUCCUUGGUUCAAACUCAUUUGUGAAAGUUAUUUGUUUCAAUGGUGGGAAAAGCUUUCAAACCUUUCGGAAGUUGAAAAUGAUACAGAAAUUCACAGAAUGUUAUAG